UCCGCGACAACGUCUGUCCCAGAGAUCUUGGGGAGAGCGAAUAAGAAGUACUCGAUUGUCGACUCUUCUCUCUUCUUUGUAAGUCCGGUGAAGGGGCGCUUAUUGGUACUAGAUCUACGUGACUUUAGUACACCUCUGCUAGCUGCACAAAAGUAUAAUUAAAACAGGUAAGCUGUAUAUGGAAUGAUGCCUUUUUGCCACAAGCAGAAGGUUGCCUUUGUCAAGUGGUUUAGUCUCUGAAGAGCAUUGGUUUCCCCCCCAAGUUAAAUUUACAUGGUCUGUUCUGCGUUCACUACAUGGGAUGUCCAUGCAUAUUCAUCUUCCACAUUAACUAUAUAAGAGAGGCUUGAAUGUAAGUUACAGGAUGUUGUCAUAAUGAGCAGAUGUGUUUGUGUCGUUAGUGAGAAUACACCAUUUUCUGAAAAAGAUGGAGAAGGGGACACUGCAUUGCCGUUUCUCUCUUUGUCAUCUUGUCACUGUUUGAUUCACCGACUGCGACCUGGUGGUCCCAGGUUCUGAUAGUCUUGACCAGUUAGCGAACAUUUGCUAACCAUAACAGCUUCAAGAUUUGUGACUUCCAUUGUCAUGUUACGUUUGGCUGAUCGCGCUUCUAUCCUGUAUGGGGGAGGUGAAAGGUCAAAGGCCUUAAGUCUGGCUCUCGUACAAAGAUAGAGAUUCUUUAAUUGCUGUGGAAGCCUUUUCUGAAAUGAAAGCAGUUUUCAUGCUAUUCUUUGACCCCUUACUACUCUCAGCUGGUGAAUGAUGAUCGCAACUUCUGGAUGGUAUGUCGAAGCCUCUGAGUGCUGAAUCAUUUAUUUGAACAGUAGAGGGCACUGCUGUGCUGGGAAAUGUGAUCCAGAGGGAUGGUAAGAAUGAGAUGAAGGCAGGAAAAGCAGCACAUAUACUGGAACCGGGGGAGAAGGAUGCACUUCAGAUGGGGAGCUGUGACUCAGCGAUUCUACACAGCGUGUUUUUGUGAUUCAGCUCUCUGUUAACGGAUGAUGCAUGGACUGAACCAAUCAGGCACAGCGAGAGAGAAAGGGAGCGAGAGAGAGGAAAGAGCAUCCUUGGUGUGGUUAAGGGAUCACAGCCAACGGAUGGUGACGAGAUGAGAUUUCUUGCAGUUCUGAUCCUGGGAAGGGGUCCUGAAGGAAGUUACUGAGAGCAGUUAUGAUCUGCGGGAGGGGAGGCUGGUUGUUACAUGUUUGCCGUAGCUUUGACACCAGGAUGGUACAGUUUGUGUGGCCCGGUGAAAGCAACUUUCACAGUCACUCUAGAUGACUGCUCAGAGUACCAGCAACUUCCAGAUGACGAGGGAGGCGAUACUCCUGGAGCGAGGGCGUUUGUCGCAGACAACUCCUUGAAUAACCAGCACUUACCAGCCAGCACCAGUGAGAACACAGGAGCGCUGUUGCCAGGGACGACAGCAAGUAACCAGAAGAGACUUGGCGUCACCAUGGAAAUGGAGGAGGGCACAGAAUGGCUCCUGGAGCUGCUGACCGAGGUGCAGCUGCAGCAGUACCUUGUGCGUAUCCGCGAUGACCUCAACGUCACCCGCCUUUCGCACUUUGACUAUGUCAAGGGCGAAGACCUUGAGAAGAUUGGCAUGGGCCGACCAGGGCAGAGGCGGCUGUGGGAGGCGGUCAAAAGGAGAAAGGCCAUGAACAAGCGCAAGUCCUGGAUGGGCAAGGUCUUCAGUGGAAAAAGAUCUGAUGGCGAGCUCCAGCCACCAUCUUCUGGCAGCCUAUUCCGGCGCUCACCCAUCCCCAGCCCCUCAGUCUCCCCAUUGCCCACAGAAGCUCAGCCUCUGGCCCUUACCUGCCUUAUAAGUGAUCGGGACCUACAGCUCUAUGAAAAGCUAGGCGAUGGCUCCUUUGGUGUGGUUAAACGUGGCGAAUGGACCACACCUACAGGCAGCCUGGUCAACGUGGCUGUGAAGUGCCUGAAAACAGACCUGCGAGACCAACCAGAUGCCCUGGAUGACUUCAUCCGUGAGGUCAAUGCCAUGCACUCACUGGAUCACCAGAACCUAAUCCGGCUCUAUGGCGUUGUCCUCACACACCCCAUGAAAAUGGUGACGGAGUUGGCGCCUCGGGGUUCCCUAUUGGACCGCCUGAGGAAGACUCAGGGCCACCUCUUGAUCUCAACACUGUGCCAGUACGCUAUCCAGAUUGCCAGUGGCAUGGCCUAUCUGGAGUCCCGCCGCUUCAUCCACCGCGACCUUGCUGCCCGCAACAUCCUGCUGGCCUCUAAUGAUCAUGUCAAGAUCGGAGACUUUGGCCUCAUGAGAGCACUGCCCAACAAUGACGACCACUAUGUCAUGCAGGAGCAGCGCAAGGUCCCGUUUGCCUGGUGUGCUCCAGAGAGUCUGAAGACACGUACUUUCUCCCAUGCCAGCGACACCUGGAUGUUUGGUGUAACUUUGUGGGAAAUGUUCUCCCAUGGCCAGGAACCUUGGCUAGGCCUCAGUGGCAGCCAGAUCCUCCAUAAGCUGGACAAGGAGGGUGAGCGGCUGUGCAAACCAGAGGACUGUCCUCAGGACAUCUAUAAUGUCAUGCUGCAAUGCUGGGCCCAAAAACCAACUGAUCGACCCACUUUCAUGGCACUCCGGGAGUUUCUGGUGGAGACAAUGCCCACUGACAUGAGGGCCCUGCAGGACUUUGAGGAACCAGACAAGCUGCUUAUUCAGGCCAAUGACGUCAUCACCAUCAUCGAGGGCAGGGCAGAAAAUUAUUGGUGGCGUGGCCAGAACAAGCGUACCCUGAAGGUGGGCCAGUUCCCCAGGAACGCUGUGACCUCAGUGGCUGGACUGUCAGCCCACGACAUCAGUCGUCCACUCAAAAAUAGCUUCAUCCACACAGGUCACGGGGAUACAAACCCCCACCGCUGCUGGGGCUUCCCAGAUAAAAUUGACAGCUUGUACCUUGGAAACCCCAUGGACCCUCCAGAUGUUCUGGGUAUGGAUCUGAGCAGCGCCCAGCCCACCCAACUCCCAGGCCGAAAGGAGCGCCCCCCACGGCCCCCGCAGCCGGCCAUUCUCGUUCAGAAGCCCGUUUACGACCGAGUGAAUGAAGAUGGCUUGUUGAGCUCAGGACUGAAGAAGCUCUCGCUGGCGAAACCAGGAGAGUUGAAAAGUCAAGGUCUUAGACCGGCUGCCUGGGUUACCGGCAUCGCAGGGGCUGCAAGCCACCGUGGUGAAGUGUCCUUGAUUGACUUUGGGGAGGAGGUGACCACCUCCUCCACGCCCUCCCCCGUCGCAGAGGUGCAGCCCCCAACUUCUGCCGAACUCAUCCUGGAUGCCACACCUCCCGAGAGCCCAGGUUGUGCCCUGCCUCGCCCACUUCACCCCUCACCCGCAGUUGAUUGGGACAGCCGUCCCCUGCCCGCGCCCCCAGCCUACGAUGAGGUGGCGCUGGACGACGACGAUGUCGAGGUGAGCUGCAUUACUAGCGAAGGGCAACAGAGUGACGAUGUAAAUGGCCCAGUAGGCCAGCACCCACUAGAGGACAACCUGUUCCUCCCCUGUGGGGUCCAGGCAGCCUGCAGCUUCUCGCAGUCGGCUGAAAUCUUCCGCGAGCUGCAACAGGAGUGUAUGAAGAAGCUGCGGGUCCAGGGGGGUUCAUCCCUGUCGCAGCCCCCAUCUCCUGGACCGGUGGAUGCACAUCGCAAGAUAAUCCUUGCUCCGCCCCGCAGGGACAAGCCCCAGGUCCCACCCCGCGUCCCUGUUCCACCCCGUCCCUCUAAAUACAGCCUGGCUCCUGGAGCUGUGGAGGAGGACAAGGGGAGGCCCCCUCUGCUCCCUCCUCGCGACACUGUUUCCCAGCCCAGCUCCCGUAGCCCCAGUCCCAUGACUUUCCCCUGCGGACCCUCACAGACGAGAACUAGCCUCUGCUCAUCUGCCCCGCCAAUGUCUCACUUGUCCACCUCCCCUGCCAGGCUCAUGCCUACCACCCAGAGCUUUGCCUCUGACCCCAAGUAUGCCUCGCCAAAGGUGAUCCAGGCACAAGGCCACGAUGCCGCGUGGGCACCCUGCAUUCUGCCCAUAGUGCGUGAUGGCAAGAAGGCAAGCAGCACACACUACUACCUUCUGCCUGAGCGGCCUGCCUACUUGGACAAGUAUGACAAAUGCUUUGGGGAGCCAGAGAACCUGGCAGCAGAGAGGAGGGCGGCCAACACUGCCACCGUUCGACCGAUGAUGCAUCAGCACCUGGAGGAACAAGGGAACAUCAAAGGCAACUUCUCUAACAACAACAGCAGCCUUGCUUCUCGGGCGUGCAAUGUGUCCAUGAAGGAAUCCCACAACCUACCCAGAAGCGGAGCUGAUGAGCAACCAGGACCUAGUACCGCUGACAGAGUUAAGCUGCUUUGUGAUGAGCAGGUUCAGGAGGCAGUCCAUGGAGUGACAACAGAGGAGUGCCAUGCUGCCCUGCAGAAGUAUAGCUGGAACGUGCAGAAGGCAGUGCAGUUUCUGAAGGUGGAGCAGUUGUUCGGUCUGGGCCGUAGAACCCGAGUAGAGUGCCUCCGGCUUCUGGAAAAACAUAACUGGAACCUGGAGCUGGCCAGCACCCAGCUGCUAAGUUCCUAUAGCCCCUUGCGGAGGCGAUGACCACGACCAAAAGCGCCACUGUUCGGGAACCGUGUCCUCGGUCCCGACCCGCCGGCGUACGGAUUGGCCCUGACUGCUGCUCAUGCUGCUCUUGGAUAUGGCACUGCCUACAGCUGUACUGGGAUCACGUCAUCUGCUGACUGCCACCCCGCAAAGGGUCAAAGUUCACCUUACUGUGUAUGACUUGUGGCUCGAGCAUGUGCCACAGUAGCUGAACCGGGAUCUGAUUUGUCCACAAUGUUCAGUUGCUUGCAGUGUAAUAUGUAAAAUGAAGCUAUUUUAAGUCCAUUUCUGUUAGCGCCUGCAGGAGCAGGGUGGGGUGUCGCAGGCUUCUGGAGAAGUAGAAGUCGAACAGCUUUUUUUUGGUUUUUAAAUGCAUUUCCAUUGAGUGUUGGACAUUUUGCACUUUAUUCUACUUUUAUUUAAUAGUUCUUGUCGGGAUUUCACAGACAUGUUUAACAAAGGCGAUACAGAUUUGCAUAUUUUUCAAAGUAUAAGUGAGUAUAAUUUUUUUUCUCACCCUUCCCUCUCCUGCGUUUUCACCUCCUGCAGCAAAUGGUAUUGAAUGAAACAGUUUUAAGGGAGAUGCAAAAGCAAGUAAAGUAUUGUUAAGGAACAAAUCCUAAGAGAUGAAAAUAAACACCUGAAUUGUAAGUAUUUGCAGAUAAAGUUCACAUACAUGUGGUUGUAAGUGAAGUGAAGGCUUAUAGCGUUCACUAACGCCCUAGUCCUGUUUAUUGUAGUGUUGAUAUUUAUCAUCGUGGGUUUAUUAGCUGAUAUGAUACAGCUUUUAAAUGCAGACCUCGUUCAGAAUGGUAGGAAAUGACAUGUUCAUGAGAACAAUUCCUCGGUCGCGUGUUUGUAGACGUAGAACCUAGAGAAGGAACACGGUUUGUUACUCUGCCUGCCUCCCGCCAACCCUGCCGUGGGCACUUUACUGAAGCACUGCAUUGUCCCGCUUCUGCAGUCAUCCUUGGUUUUCCCCGUUUUUGUGGAACAGCUCAGGUGGGUUUUUUCAAUUGUAGUGUUUGAGAAGCGCUCUGGGCUGAAUGUUACCAUUGCUUUGGUGGUCACUGAAGUGUUUUUCAUUUUUUUUUUUUUUUUUAUUUUUAAAGUCCUGCAUAAAUCAAAAUCUGAAUAAAUAUAUGCUUGUGUGAAUUUGUUUCACAUAUAUUGCAAGAUGUGUAUAGAGUGAUGGAAUGACAGCAAACACUUUGUGCAAUUUCAGUAACAUUGAAUUCACAUUAAAGUGAUUGAAUUGACAGGAAUAUGUCAAUUGACUGGAAUUUUACCGGGGUGCAAUAGUACGGCUAACAGGAGCAUCAGUGAUAUUACAGCUUUGUUUGCCUUCAAAAGUUUGGCAGGGGUUCCAAGGACUGCUGGAUGGCAUUUUAAACCUUAUUUUACCCAUAGUCCCAUGAUUAGAUUGUGAUUGUAAUGUGUCAGAAUGGUACCUAAUGUAACGGCUUCAUCUCUGAGGCAACGGGUACUAAUGGUGUGAGGAAGAAAGAUGAAGAGGAAUUAUAGCAAUAAUCAAUAAGUGGAAUGAAGGGGCAAACGAGAGCCGUAUUUGUUUGUCACACAUGUUACGAGGCACCUUGACACAUCAUCAGUGAUGCAACUUGGGCUCACGGGCUGUUUCAGGUCUCUUAACAUUAGGACCCCCCCAGGGCUGAUGAACCCCUGACCUGCGUCAAUCCCACGACUCGCCUCUCCUGAUCCACGGCCAUGCAGACAUUCUCUCCACAGCCUCAGUAAUGACCCUCCUGAGCUUCCUGCUGCUGUGACAGUGGAGGAAGAGCUCCCUGCAAAGCCCUGCAGCCUCCUUCAUUGGACUCGGGCCUCUUGGGGGCGCACUGCUCCGCCGCUUCCUCAUACCGUGACGAUGUCUUUCUUUUGUCGGCCUCUUCCAUCCGUUCCUCCUGAUGAACUGUGAGCCCCGGCACGAUGACCUGACCAGAUGCGUCAGAGAGCAACACGGAAUCUGUGUCAAAGAGUCCACAAUCGGGGCUGCAAACUUAAUCUGCCGACUGAGUCUGUGCACCUGAGCGAACAAGAAUGGCGCUCGUCACGUGGAGCAUCUUCUCAACAUGGUACCUUGAGGCCACCCACUUUACUCUGUAUGGCACUCGGACACUCUGGAUGCUCUGUGUUGCCUCCUGUCCUGCUCCUCCCGCGUCACAUGCUCUACCUGCAAGCAUUUCGUUUUAUCCUGAUGGACAUUCUGUCCAGCAGCUUCUUAGACACCCUGUUCAUACAUUCUGCUCUCUCUUCAGUGCGUGUACAAAAGCACAUUCUGAAAACCUUCGGUCCAGUCCUGUGUGGAAAUUAAAGGAGGUUUUUUUUUUCUUUUUUUGUGGUUCCUUCAUGAAGGAAGGGUAGGUCAAACACGCACGCGAAUUGAUCAGAACACGACUCGCUGAUCGGAAUACCUGACUCCAGUUACCGUCCUUUUGGUAUUUCGUUAUCCUACAGGUUCACGUACCUGCUACAUGAA